AACACACGAGUUAACCGAGUUGUCCUUCGCUAAUCGCUCAAAUCUCGUUUUUCAUUUUCUUCUCUCCAAUUUUUAUUUUUUUUAAGGUUAAGGUGAAAACUGAGAACCCUAAUUAUUCAUAGUUGACUACAAUCGGAGAAGAAGAAGAUGAAUAUCUUCAGAUUAGCAGGGGAUAUGACCCAUCUUGCUAGUGUUCUGGUUCUCCUUCUCAAGAUCCAUACUAUCAAAUCUUGUGCCGGGGUUUCUUUGAAGACUCAAGAACUGUAUGCUCUUGUAUUUGCAACUCGGUACUUGGACAUAUUUACCCAUUUCAUAUCAUUUUAUAAUACCAUGAUGAAGUUGAUAUUUUUGGGUAGCUCGUUCUCAAUUGUUUGGUACAUGAGACGCCACAAGGUUGUGCGUAGAUCGUAUGAUAAAGAACAAGAUACCUUUCGCCAUUUGUUUCUUGUUAUUCCAUGUGUGCUCUUGGCCCUUGUAAUCAACGAGAGGUUCACUUUCAAGGAGGUAAUGUGGACAUUUUCCUUGUACUUGGAGGCUGUUGCAAUAUUACCUCAGCUGGUGUUGUUGCAGAGGACGAGAAAUAUCGACAAUCUAACAGGACAAUAUGUUUUCCUUCUUGGUGCUUACCGAUCUCUAUACAUUCUCAACUGGGUUUAUCGUUACUUUACUGAGCAGCACUUUGUGCAUUGGAUAACUUGGAUAUCUGGCCUUGUUCAGACAUUACUCUAUGCUGAUUUCUUUUAUUAUUACUUUCAAAGCUGGAAGAACAACGAGAAGCUCCAGUUGCCAGCUUGAGGUCAAUGCCAGCAUGAGCACUAGUGACCAAAGCAUUGUUCAGGACCUAGAUUUUGAAGGUCUCCGAUCUUUUAUGUUAAAUUCUUUAAAAUCUUGUAUGUUGUUCAAGUUCAACCCUACGCUUGGCACCUAUGUGGAAAAUCCUUAGGCUGAACUUUCGUGAGGUGUAGUUGGUCCUCGUAAAAAGAAAUCAAAUCUGUUUUAAAGCUACUAACAUUAUUAGAAAGAUGAUGCAACUUUUAAGCUAAUGGAACUGCCGUUUUUAUGAUGGAUUUUAAUUA